GAUGAAGGAGAAGGGCGUAAAGUGUAACAGAUUCACGUAUGGGAUCCGGCUAAAUGCAUAUGCUGCUGCUUUGAGGCAGUUGAGAAGAUUCUUGCACAGUGGGAAUCGCAUCCAGAUUGUCGUUUGGAUUGGAUGAACUAUGCGGCUGUGGCAAAUGUUUAUAUAAAAUCCGGAAACGAGGACAAGGCUUUAGCAAUGCUAAAGAAGUCUGAGGAGCUGAUACCAAAAUCUGUGAGACGGAGGGAAGCAUAUGAGCACCUCAUGCCCCAAUAUGCAUCACUAGGGAAGAAAGAUGAGGUCGUGAGGCUAUGGGAACUCUACAAAGGUCAGUUGAAAGUAUACAAUAAGGGUUAUAAAGUCAUGAUAACCUCACUCUUGAAGAUUGGCGACAGUGAGAGUGCCAAAAAGAUCUAUGAGGAGUGGGAAUCUCAGUAUUCACGUUAUGAAGUUCAUCCCAAUCACUUGAUUGCUUAUUAUGCCAGAAAAGGUCUUCUUGACAAGGCUGAAGCUAUCAUUGAAAAGGUUAUACAAAAGGGUGCGGAACCUGAUGCAAAGUCAUGGUGCUCUUUGGCAAAAAUCCAUCUUGAUCAUGAUCAAAUUGAGAAGGCAGUUGAGAUUUCGAGAAAAUCACUUUUGGCUGUGAAGCCAGGUUGGAAAAUUGACAAGGAUGUUUGGGCGGCCUGUCUCAACUACUUGAUGAAGAAACCUGAUCCAGAGGGUGCCAAGGAAUAUAUAAAGUUACUCGGUGAUAAGAACGUUAACAACACAAAAUCACAGGAGCGACUGUUGGAAUAAGAUAAAUGAGGCGGAUUUUACCUCCAUAACAGCAGGUGAAAUGGAAUGUGAUGGUGCAAAUGGAGAUGAAGAAGCAAGUGGGUUUUCAGAAGUGGAGCGGAGUGGUAGCUUCUAGCAAAUGAAAUUCAUGUCAGCCACAGCUUCUCAGUUUAAGUAGCAAAUGCAGUGAAGUGGAGGUACAUGUAUGAAUGGUUCUUAGGAUAGUUUCAUUAUCUUCCUGUGAAUACAACGCGUUGAAUCUUUAUGUCUGACAAUGGAGUGUGCUGCAAGUGCAACAUUGACUCAUUGAUGGUUAAACUGAUUCUCCUGUUUUUCGUUAAUAUGAACUAGUAGUCGCUACAAAAUGACCUCAGUGAAGUUUGAAAGCCAUUGUUCUGAAAUAAUGCCCACUUGAGUUGCUUGUUUAUUGUGCUCAAAGGCCGUCUGAUAACGCUUCUCAAAUUUCAAGUCAGGAUAAUCAUAAUGGAAGUGCUUUGAUGAUAAAUUAGUCAUUUUGUUAUGCAACGCACAAAUUGUCCUAGUUCCCCAGUAUGAUUGUUUUGUCGAUAUGCUGUACGAUUCGGAUGUAAUUCGUACACAGUAUUUUCUUAUGACGGAUAAUAUGUACAUACUAGUAACUUUACCCGUGCAACUUACAUGUAAAACUGACACGUAUGU